AUGGAACCUAACAAUUCAAUCAAUCAAAUCGACAAUCACAUCGGCGAUGAUGGUGAUCAGAACUCAAUUCCAAGCCACCAUCAUCAGAUCAUCACCUAUUUAAGAAAGAGAAAACACUCUCAAUCUCAGGUAAUCACACCAAUCAAUUCAACACAAGUAAACCCUCUUUCCAAAUCAUCAGUUCUAGGGCUUGUUCUCAUUGCUCAUACGUUCUCAUACGAUAUUCAAAACCUCGCUGAGUCUCUCCUUCUCGAAAUCCUCGCAAGAUUGCCCCUGAAAUCGAAGGGAUCAUUCUACGGUUCUUUUCAAGAUGGGAGUGCUCUCUGCAACGUUUCGUUACCUUGGCUCACCUCAUCUACCAAUGAUCUUGACUCAUCUCUUUUAGCCGGCGAGCUUGGGAUAACCUUACCUCGACAGAGACUGCCACAGAUGCUCAAAUUCCCUAGGUACUAUAAGAUUGUUAUAGACUUGUGUAAAGAUGGAAAAUUCAUCCAUACUUGGUAUCCUAGAGAAGGAGUUCUUGGCACCUUUUCCUGCAGCAGGCUCAUCGGUUCUAUAGAUAUUGUUGCAGGCAGGCAGGUGAGUGGACUAUGGAUGCUUUACAAAGCUGAUACACGGGGAGAAGGUCUUCUGUCAGCGAGCCUGAAGGGAUUCACUGUGAAUGAUGACCGUGAGGGGACAGAAGAAAAUCUUAGGCUAGCUGUGGUUGCUGAGUUUUUUGUACCAACUAUACAUGGCAUGCAAUCAAAUGAAGUGGAUGAAACAUCAUUAUAUGUAGUUGAUGCACUUGUUUUGGAUAAAACAGUUUUUAGUCAAACCGAUGAGGUGUUGAUACUCUCUCCUCAGAGGCCUUUGGUGGUAGAGGUGGAACUUUGUUGUUACAAGACAGAGAAGGACAAAUGA